CAUCGUUCACAGUCAUAUGACUUCUGUUUCCUGGCACAGUCAACCCGCCUGACUGAGCGUCUUUCUCUCUUUUCACUGUUUUUAUUUGUCUCUUCGGCGACUGAAGAUCCUAAAACCCGCUGCAACCAUGUCCCGAUAUGCUGCAUUUGUUCUCUUGCUCUCUUUCGGGUUGGUGUUCCGGCUGUCUCACGGCAUUGAGGUGAACGUCACAGAUGGUGGAAAGUUGUGUCUUUAUGCCAACCUGACCCUCAGCUUCUCAGUCUCCUAUGAAAUAGCUGAAAAAGAGAGCAAAACCGUUGUUUUUGAGAUUCCUGAGUCCGCCUCCUCAAAGGAUAGUAAAUGUGACGACACGAGCCCGAUUCUGAUGCUCAGUUUUGGAGAGGGACACUCCUGGAGCAUGAACUUCACCACGAAAGACAAAAGUUACCAGGCAGAUGUUAUAACCUUUACUUACAAUCUCAACGACUCAUCCGUCUUCCCGGAUUCUUUAGCCAACGGAACUGUUACCGUGACGGCAAAGCCUGACAUUACAAACGUUGACAUGGAUACGUGCUACUCCUGCAAGAGCAAAGACGAGAUCCAGGCUUCGGCAGAGGUUAACAUGACGCUGUCAGACGUGCUCAUACAGGCCUUCGUCGUUGAUGGAAGCAGGAGCCAGAACCUAACAACUUGUGCCGCGGACACUCCCACUCCCGCUCCCACUCCCACUCCCACUCCUACCCAUAAUGUCACCAAUGCGACCACUGUGGCACCGACCACAAACGCAUCGACCACUGCCGUUCCCCCAACCACCCCAGCCCCCACCCUCCCCACCCCCGCCACCGGGAACUACUCCAUCAAGUCUGGCGUCAACGGCACGGCCUGCCUGUUGGCCAACUUCGGCCUGAGGAUCGGCUUCAAACAGAACGAGAAAUACCAGGAGGUGAACUUUGAGCCUCCGUCUGAAGCUUCUGGAUCAUGUGGAGUCAACAGGAGUGAGCUGGUGUUGGUGUCUAAUGACAUCACUGUGAAGCUCACAUUCGCCAAUGAUACAAAGAAAUUUCGCCUGCAGGCAGUAAACGUCAACAUCAGCACAAGCUCCGGUGUCUUUGUUCAGAGCAACAACAACCUGAGUCUGUGGGAGGCGACCGUCGGCAGCUCCUACAUGUGCAACAAGGAGCAGAACUUCACCAUCACCCCUCUGCUGUCCUUCUACACCUUCAGCCUGCACGUGCAGCCGUUUGACGUGAAGAACGGUCUUUACAGCACAGCCCAUGAGUGUUCACUGGAUGACUCCAGCAUCUUAAUCCCAAUCAUUGUUGGCGCUGCUCUGGCUGGCUUGAUUCUCAUUGUAGUGAUCGCUUACGUGAUUGGUCGAAGGAGGACCCAUGUUGGAUAUCAGACCCUUUAAAUCCUGUGUGCGUUUGUUCCCGAGAUGUCGCGGGGUUCCCAAGCCUGGUCCUUGGGUUUGAUUUGGCAAAUGUAUUUAAAAUCUAAAAAUGACGACUUUUUAAGGAUGGAAAAAUUUACCGUUUUAGUCUCAGUUGUUAAUAAAAUCGAGGAUAAAAAAAACAACGAAACACAGUAUGUGCUGUAUCUCUGAUGAUUUUAACAACACAAUAAAAUCAGCCCAAGGAAACAUUCAAUCUUUCCCUCAAGGACCAAACUUGUUUAUCCCCAGAGUUUGUUGUUAUCCUGUUGUCUUUUCCAGUUUGCUUUUUUUUUUUUUUUGUCAAUGCUCAAGUUCAGGCAAACACCAAUCCGUGUGCUGUGUGUACGAUGUGCAGGUGCAGAAUUACCUGAACAUUUAUGGCCCCCCCGCUCAAUCGGUUUCCACACACACAUUCAGCUUUGUGAUCCUGCACUUGCUCAGCACCCUCAUCCCCUGUUUUGUUUUUAUUGUUUUACUUUUCAUCCCAAUAAUUAUCAAACUAAGAUACUCGAGCUGCUUUCUGUUUUUUCCUCCCAGACUUUUCACUAACAUGGAUCAGUGAGGUGGGGGUUUUGGCCCGUGUUGUUCCCUGUUGAUCAGGAGAAAUCUUGGUUUAGUUCAGUUUAGUUGCGUUACUUUACAGACGUUCUUCUCUCGGUACAACCAUCAGCGUCGGGCAGUUCAGGUCCAGAUAGAAAGGAUAAUUUAAACGGCUUAUUCAGAUAAAAAAUGCAAAAUAGUUUAUAAAACUACAUGUGGUGAAGCCAUUGUUAAUUUAAUUAAUUUUUCUCCGGGGAAUCUUGUUUUUUUUUCUCUUUGCAAACACUCCAGUCAGAGCAAACUAGAAAGUAAGAAAAGAGCCACUUGUUCCUUUUUUCUUUUAAUUUUUCUUCAAACACGUGGAGGCAUUAGCGAUAGAAAAAGGGAAAUUAUGUUCGUCACUUUCAGCGCAGAUGAUUCUGAAAUCAGGAUAUUUGCAUAGAAAUGCACUAAGAGUCUUUAUGUGUCGCCCGUUGUCACAUUUAUCUCAGCUGUGUGGAGGUCAGGGGCUUCCGCUGGAACGAGAGGACGCUCAGAGUCCUGGAAACCUUUCACCUCGUCUUUUCAAUAUUUGUGACUUAAAAAAAAAAAAGAAGUUAAAGAUUCAGAGAAAAUAAGAGGAAAAGUUUAACAACUUUUGGGUCGUCUUGUCACGAAUGGAGCUGAACGGCCUCAGCCAGACGCUGCUCACCUUGAAAACUGGAAAUGACUGAAGUGAGCUUGAUUUAGUUUAUAAAAAAAAGAAAAGGAUCUCAGUACAGUUUUAAUUAGAGACUGAACUUCUAAUUCCUUCUUUCUUAACCAAUUCUCUAAAAUAACGCACUAUAGGGAAAUGCAUAAAAAUAAAAACGUACUGCAGGCUCCUCAGGCUUUUCCUGACAUUAACAAACUUGCUGUUAGUUUAAUACGUUCAAAGACUGAAAAUGGAGGAAAUUCUUAAUUAUUUUUGCAUUUACCAAAUUAUUUAAGGAAAAAUUAUUUAAGCGUUUGACCUACUGAAAAUUGGCCAGUUUGAAUCUCCAUUUUGUUUCAUCUAUGUUACCAACUCGCUACAAACAAGUAAAGCCUCCCAACUUUUGCUGUUAUUCUGCUGAAAGUCCAGAUAUCCUGCAGGUUUUAUUAGAUUUCCAGUAGCACACAGCCGCCGUCAGCAGAUUUUAAUCUACUGCCGCGUGCGUGCUCACACAUAAUCUCUUAAAAUUUCCUGGUUUGGAAACGCCGGUCCAGGCCGGAGCGACGUGGGAUCGACCAGGUUUUCAGGAUUGAGGGCGGGUGAGGGUUUGAGCGGCUUCAGGGACGGCGCGUUUUUAAAAGCCGCCGUGACACGGUUGUGCGUUUUAGUUUUUAAGCAGAGUGCGGUUUACUUAUUGCACAGUUUGGGCUGAAGAAAUUAGCUUUUCCAGGUUUAUUGUACAUGUGUAUGAAUAAUUGCUUUUAAUCAAAUCUGAGCUUUGAUUUGUUUUUGUGUGUUUUUGUUUUUUUUGUCUCUUUGUAAAAAUCUGUUGCCUUAAUUCUAAAGAUGGUCCGGUAGCACCAGCAGAGCUUUUAACUGGGCUUGUUUUGUCGUUCUGCCGUCACAUUGCUCUGUAAUGUGCAUGUUGCAUUCAAUCAGUCACUGAUUCUUGUGUAUUUGUGUCAACAUUUACAUUUAAUUGCACACGGGGGUUUUAAAAACGAAAAAGGGAAUCGGUGCUGCAGGACCAUCUCUAUGACGUGUUCUGACUCCAUCUUGCCCUCGCCUCGGCGCUUUCUUUCUGCUGCAUCACGUUUGAUUUGAGUUUGUGUCAAUGAAGCGUUUUCAGCCUCUGCAAUGGAAAUAAAAAAAUUGUUUUGGAAAAAUGUAA